ACAAUUAGCAUAAUCACAGUUCACUUGUAUGUUAUAUUUUUAGGGCAGUGUGCAAUGAAUUUUUUUUUCUAGUUGUGACACAGCUGAUAGUGUUAGUAACAGAUGUGUUCUGUACAGUGGUGGAGGCAGUUUUAAAUUACUAAAGUGUUUAAUUAGAGAUAAUAUCAUGUACUGCUUCACUUACACUUGUUAGUAUGGGCAUUGUGAGGGGCACCCAGUUUAAACUUUAUAUUGUACACACUUGUAUGAGUUCAUGUUUGUAAGUGUUCUAUAUUGGUAGUUUAUCAGUGAAAUAUGGCUUCAGAAGAGAAACAGAGCAUAUCAUUGGUUGGAAGGAAAUCUGUAGUAUAUGGAAGCCUUCCCAAUGAUUCAACAAACAGUAAUCCAUCCAUUCAGCGUAUCUUCUACUGCAUUCAUGGGAAAGCCAAUGGUUGUUGUGUAUUGUCUGAUUCAGAGCUCCUUGAUGGGCCCUUACAUGGCAGCACAGCUGCUAGACACAAGCGCAGGGAUUCAUUAACAGCAACAAUUGUUGGGGAACAUUGUCAUCAGAUAGUUCCCAUCACAGUAGAUAAAAAGGCACGGUGUAAACUGAUUAUUGCAAGUAUUCUUUGCGUUUUCUUCAUGAUUGGAGAAGUCAUUGGAGGCUACCUAUCAUCAAGCCUUGCCAUCGCAACAGACGCAGCGCACUUACUCACUGAUUUUGCAAGCUUUAUGAUAUCACUGUUUGCUCUGUGGGUUGCUUCACGGCCAGCAACACGUAUGAUGAGUUUUGGUUGGCAUCGAGCAGAGGUGCUUGGAGCACUCACUUCUGUCCUCAUGAUAUGGGUAGUCACUGGCAUUCUGGUCUACCUUGCAGUACAGAGAGUUAUCACCAAAGAUUUUGAAAUUGAGAGUACUUCAAUGCUCAUCACCUCUGGUAUUGGAGUUGUGGUAAAUCUGGUGAUGGGCCUAACCCUUCAUCAGCAUGGACAUUCUCAUAGUGGGUCCCAGAACCAUAUAGAGGGUCAGGUAGAAAACCCUAGUCCCCGGCACAAUAUCAAUGUCAGAGCUGCUUUCAUCCAUGUUUUGGGAGAUUUCAUCCAGAGCUUUGGAGUCUUUGUAGCUGCUCUGGUAAUAUUUUUCGAGCCCUCUUGGGUUCUAGUGGAUCCAAUUUGUACCUUCCUCUUCUCAGUUUUGGUGCUGAUGACAACCUUUGCAAUCAUCAAGGACACAAUGCUGGUGCUAAUGGAAGGUCUGCCUAAAGGGAUGGACUUCACCCAAGUAAUGAACACUUUCCUGAAUAUAGAAGGAGUUGUUAGAGUGCACAACUUGAGGAUCUGGGCCCUGAGUAUGGACAAAACAGCAAUUUCAGCCCAUCUUGCUAUAUCUCCUGGAGCAAUUCCCCAGAGAGUCCUCCAACAGGCCUCACAUGAUAUUCGAUCUCAGUUUCACUUCUAUGAGAUGACACUGCAGAUAGAACAAUUUGACCGUGACAUGGAAGACUGCGCCCAGUGCAAGUGUCCGGAUUCAUAGCACAUUUUGUUUCAUGGUAACAGGAUUACAGAAUGUAGGAAGCGGGUGUCUGAAAUUCUGGAAGAUAUUUCUUAAAACUUUCAGACCUCCUAACUGUUUCAUUAUUCAUUGAAUGUCAAUGAAAACAUUUACCACAUCUGAAACAGCAGACACUUAAAAUAAGCAUGUGGGUUAUGUCAGUAUUUUAUUUAAUUUUGUGCUUUCAACAGUGAUCAUUUUAUCUGUAUUCAGCAUCUAGGAUAAAGAAGAAGGAUACUACUAUCAUUCCAUGUUCGUAUGUCUCACAAGACCUAUCUUCGAAGAGGUUUCCUCUGAUUGUAAUGCAUAAAAUUUUGUAUAAAGUAUAUUUCCUUUGUUUUUAAGUAAAUGUUUAUGAUUUUUGGGAUAAGAACUCUUUAGUAUUUGCCUCAUGCUUCCAUUUUAGAGUAUUUUUCAGAAAGGUAAAAUGUAAAGCUAUCCCUGUAACAGGCCAUGGAGGUCCAUAGGUUCGUGAGAUGUCGAGGAGCCCACA